AUGGACAGGGACGGCAAGGCAGCGAGAACAGCGGACGUAGGUCUUCCGGAAGCUGCGCUGGACCGCCACGGCUACGUCUGGGCGCUCUGGCCGCCUGAUCGAGACAUUGAUCCCUCUGUCUACCGCCCUGGCGACGAAGUCUUCGUGCACACACGUUCCGCAACGGACGACGGCUGGGCGACCGUCACGCAGCCCGUCAUCGAGGACGAAGCGCACCGGUACAGCGGUCGCAUUCGCGUGCAGUUCCACGCGCAAAACAACCCCACCGCGCACGUGCGUCCGGCGCGGAUCACGCCCUGCCUCCCAAAGCUGGCGAAGCGCGCCUGCGCGCCAACAGCGGCUGACGACGCUGACGGCGCCGUCGCAGGGCUGCUCGUCUCCUGCCCCGAGACGGAGCACUUCCGCCUGCUGGCUCGGACUCAGGUGACGCCCGCCGACUUCGCCGUCGACAUCGGUAGCAGCUACGGGCGCACGACGGUGCUGCUGCACCGGAAGUGCGCCAGAGCGAUCGGAAUCGAGAUAUCAAAGGACCUGAUCGAAGAGAGCCAAAAACAGUAUCCACAAAUAGACUUCCGCCGCCUCGACGCCAUCGGCGACAAGCCCGCCGUCGCGGACGCAGCGCGCGGCUGCACGGUGGCGUUCAUCGACGUGGGCGGCGACAGGGCUCUCCCAGCCCUGACAGACGUUAUACCAUUCGUCCAGUCGGUCCUGAAACCGCGCCUUAUCGUCGUGAAGAGCCGCGAGCUGCACAGGGCGGCGCUUGACCAGCAUGCUCGCCCGCGUGACGCUGCGCCGCGAGCUGACGGGCUGGACGGUGUGUUCCGGGAGCUGGUUGUUCCUGGCAGCAAUGCAUGGUGGGACGGGGUGUGCAAAGCGGAGGGCGCCGGCAAGAUGAACGUGUUGUCGCGGCGCGCCCUCGUCCACCCACUGAAGGCGCCGCAGCGGACGUCUCGAGCCGGCGUCUUGAUAUGUAGAUUCCACAACUAUGACACGUGUUUCAAGAAGGACAAGCCGCCGGAGGACGGAGGGUGUCCGCGGGACCACGAGCACUGCCACCGCUGCCUGGCAAAAGGCCACACCGCGAAGGAGUGCACCAGCGAGUACGGGGUGACGCAGACCAUCGGCGACAGCGCACGGUAG